AUACGACUGUUUGGGAAAAGGUUGAAGUCUGAGCACUUCUGUGGGCGUUCACAAAGCACGGAAAGGCGUCGGUCGGUGAACGUGUUUCUCCGUUCGGUUCUCUCCAGCCUGGCAGUCAGUGGACACGCAUACCGGACGAGACGAAGCAACAUGAAGGACAACAGUUUGCCCCGAAUUGUAGUUAUUAUCUUGUGCACGGUGGUUUUUAUCGCCGUUGUAAUUGUUAACGCUUUGGCUGGAGCGGGCAGAGGUCCUUUCCGUUCCUCUGUAGGUAAUGUGUCAGGCCACUAUGAGACAGACAUCACUCCAGCUGGCUGGACCUUCUCUAUCUGGGGCGUUAUCUAUACCUGGCUCACCCUGAUGGUCCUAUACCUCACUACAUAUGUAUUCAGAGGAUCCUGGGCUCAGUGUCUGCUGCCCUACUCCUUCUAUUUCUGCUGGCUGUCCAACAUGGUGAUGAAUGUGAUAUGGUUGCUGCUGUGGGAUAGAGAGUUGAUGCUGGCAGCUCUGGUUGUGUUGAUCCUGAUGGCGAUCACCAACUACACUGCUUUGUUCUUCUGUUGCUUUGCCACCGAUUACUACGGCCUCUGGUUACAGACGUACCAUCGCAAAGACCUGGCCUGUCUCCGAAUAUUGGUCCAGAACGGUUUGGCUGUCUACACCACGUGGAUUUCCAUCGCUGCUCUGAUCAACUUUUCGUUGGUUCUCCACCUGUGGGGGGUGGACCGGAUCACGGCGGCAACGGCCUCUCUGUGCAUCCUGUUUGCCGAGGUGGUUGGAUGGUUCGUUCUCGAGAACUGGGUGCUGGACCGCUGGGUGCGUAACAUCCUGACAGUGUACCCUGUGGUGAUCGUGGCUCUGGUUGGGAACAUCCUCAAGCAUUUUCAGCCAGCUCAUCCCACUCCAAAUUCUGUGUUUAUGGUUGUACUGCUGGUGUUGGCGUGUGUCCUGCUGGUGUCCCGACUCUGUAGCGUCAUCUGGAGAAACAAAUGGCGGCCUCUCCACUCCCCAGGCUCUGCACGGCUGAUGAUAUCACCCCUCGAUGGCAGUAAAUUCAAGAUCUUUUCUUAAACAAGAGGAAUUUGUACAUUUCCUCCUGUCCCGCUCUCAGGCCACUCUUAAAUACAUUUUCACACAAGCCACUGCAAUGCUCCACGAGGUUUCAAACUCAUGAAGGUGUUUAACUAGUCAUGGAUUUGCAUAGA